UCGGGGCUGCGGCUCCAGAGACGCCGCGCUCCGUCCUGAGGAGGCCGCCGCGGGGCCCCGACUCCGAGGCCCGGUCUCCGGACCCUGGCCCGGCGCUGCGACCUCGGCGGACCGCCCUUCAGUGGACGCGUGAGGCCAUGGCGCUGCUUCGGGGACCCGCGGCGUCCCGGGACGGAGGAGGCACGAGCCGCGCGCGACACGUCAUCAUCAACGUGGGUGGCUGCCGUGUGCGCCUGGCCUGGGCGGCUCUGGCGCGCUGUCCACUCGCGCGCCUUGCGCGCCUGCGGGACUGCCAUGGCCACGACGAGCUGCUACGUGUGUGUGAUGACUACGACGCGAGCCGCGACGAGUUCUUCUUCGAUCGCAGCGCGUGCGCCUUCCGCGCCAUCGUGGCGCUGCUGCGCGCCGGCAAGCUGCGGCUGCUGCGCGGCCCGUGCGCGCUCGCCUUCCGCGACGAGCUGGCCUACUGGGGCAUCGACGAGGCGCGCCUGGAGCGCUGCUGCCUGCGCCGCCUGCGCCGCCGUGAGGAAGAGGCGGCCGAGGCCCGCGCGGAGCCCGCGGCGCACAGCGCGCAGCAGAGCCCGGCGUGCGCCCUGCAGCCCGGGCGGCUGGAGCGCGGCCGGCAGCGCCUGCGCGACGUGGUGGACAACCCGCGCUCGGGCCCGGCGGGCAAGCUCUUCGCCUGUGUCUCGGUGGCCUUCGUGGCCGUCACGGCCGUGGGCCUGUGCCUGAGCACCAUGCCGGACAUCCGCGCGGAGGAGGAGCGGGGCGAGUGCUCCCCCAAGUGCCGCAACCUCUUCGUGCUGGAGACGGUGUGUGUGGCCUGGUUCUCCUUCGAGUUCCUGCUGCGCUCCCUGCAGGCUGAGAGCAAGUGCGCCUUCCUGCGGACACCGCUCAACGUGCUGGACCUGCUGGCCAUCCUGCCCUUCUACGUGUCGCUGCUCGUGGGGCUGGCGGCGGGCGCGGGCCCCGGCGGCAGCAAGCUGCAGGAGCGCGCGGGGCUGGCGCUGCGGCUGCUGCGCGCGCUGCGCGUGCUCUCCGUGGUGCGCCUGGCGCGCCACUCGCUGGGGCUGCGCUCGCUCGGCCUCACCGUGCGCCGCUGCGCACGCGAGGGCGGCCUGCUGCUGCUGUUCCUCGGGGUGGCCACGGCGCUCUUCGCGCCGCUCGUGCACCUGGCCGAGCGUGAGCUGGGCGCGCGCCGCGACUUCCCCAGUGUGCCCGCCAGCUACUGGUGGGCCGUCACCUCCAUGACCACCGUGGGCUACGGCGACAUGGUGCCGCGCAGCCUGCCGGGCCAGCUCGUGGCGCUCAGCGGCAUCCUCAGCGGCAUCCUGCUCAUGGCCCUGCCGGCCACCGCCAUCUUCCACACCUUCUCGCGCUCCUACGCGGAGCUCAGGGCGCAGCAGCGGCGCGGGAGCAGCGUGCAGAGCCCCACCAGCGCCGGCCCGGCUGCGGGGCCCCCGUGAGCACCGAGCCCCCGCCACCCUCGGCCGCGAGGAGGGGCGGCGCGGAGGCCUCCCUCCAGCCGGGCCACCUGACCCCUCCCACGCCCCCGGCUGAGGGAGACGCAGGCAGGAAGGAGCCCAGCGGGCAUGGUCAACACAACAGGCCCAGCUGCUCGACCUGGCCCGCGACCUAAGCAGGCGCAGGAAGCCCAUGGGGCGCUGAGACCCCUGCACUGCAACCCAAGAAAAGCCCUGGGUCUCCCACAGCACUGAGUUCCACGGUGCAGCCUGGGGUCCACCCUAGAGCACAGGGCUCCUGGGCCACACAAGGGCUUCCUGUGACCUGGGGGGGGUGCUCCUGUCCCACCAGGCUCCCCGCACUCAAAGCCCCAGGGCAUGCCUGCACACAGCAUGGACCCCAGCUGCACCUGUCAGCCUGCGCCUCACGGACGGGGCAAGGCCCCCAGGAGGCAGGGCAAUGGCCGUGACCAGGUCUUGACCAAGCACAGCAUCCCUGCUGUUCCUCCUGCCCCACCCCCAUGUGGCCACAGUCCUGGAACAAGGAGGUGUCGACCAUCCCCUCGGGAGGCCCAGGAACCGUGGCCCCGUCACCCAGCACUCCGCUCCCAGAGUCACGUGACCUGUGCCCUGGCCUCUGACCCCCACAACCCCAAGCCCAGGCCCACACCUCCCCCGCCGCCCCUGCGCCUGCAGCUCCAGGUCGGUUUUCAGUGCUGGGGUCAGAAGCCCUGCCCCAUCUCACCAGGGAGACUGCACCCAUGCUCCCAGGGCCCAGUCCCCCACAUUUGGAGGGGCUGCAGCAGCAAGGGCUGUAAACAGGCAGCCAUCGGGGCCCCAAAGGAGAA